AUGGUUAAAGUUCUCUUGACUGGAGGCAGUGGCUUCAUCGCCGCCCAUAUCGUCGACAUUCUGCUACAGCAUGGUUUUGAUACAGUCGUUACCGUCCGAUCGGAGGAGAAGGGCAAACGGAUCAUUGAGGCGCACCCCAACGUGCCGAAGGAGAAACUCUCUUAUGUGAUUGUCAAGGAUGUAGCCAAGGACGGUGCAUUUGAUGAUGCCGUCAAAUCAAACCCUCCAUUUGACUAUGUUCUCCAUACCGCAUCUCCUUUCCAUUUUAACGUUCAGGACCCUGUGAAAGACUUCCUUGACCCGGCCAUCAAGGGAACGACCGGUAUCUUGAAGGCAAUCAAAGAGUACGCCCCUACCGUGAAGCGAGUCGUAAUCACGUCAUCUUUUGCUGCUAUUGUGAACGGCAAGCAGCACCCCAAGGUCUACAGCGAGAAAGAAUGGAAUCCAGUGACAUGGGAGGAGGCGAUGGACCACUCGCAAGUUUAUCGUGGUAGUAAGACUUUUGCGGAGAAAGCAGCAUGGACGUUCGUCGAGAAGGAGAAACCGAAUUUCGAUGUUGCUACCAUCAAUCCACCACUGGUAUUUGGCCCGAUCGUUCAUUAUCUCAACUCUCUUGAGAGUCUCAACACCUCGAACCAGCGCCUGAGAAACCUCAUCCAGGGUCAAAUGAAGGAGAAAAUAGCCCCAACGGGCAAUUUCCUGUGGGUGGAUGUGCGUGAUGUGGCCCUCGCACAUGUCAGAGCCAUCGAAGUUCCUGAAGCAGGAGGAGAGAGAUUCUUUAUCGUUGGUGGCUUCUUCUCGAACAAGGAACUUGCAGAUAUUGCUCGCGAGACCCACCCCAGGUUAGAGUCUAAGCUUCCCCCUGCAGACUCUCCCAGCGACUUCCCUGAAAACAUCUAUGAGAUUGACAACAAUAAGUCGCAAAAGACCCUUGGACUCAAAUAUCGCCCACUUAAGCAGACAGUCUCAGACACCAUCGAUUCUCUUCUAGCUCUAUUCAAGGUCACACACAUAGUCAAUCCAUUGAACAAGAUGGCCUCCGCCAGGCUAUCGCCAACGGCGAACUUGCUGCGAAAUUCGCGUUUGUUCGCACUCCCUAAAACUCUCAAGCGCCGCAAUGACCAGACAACAAGACACUCCGACACCGCAACUAUGCCUUACCCCAUUCGAGCCUCCAUCGUCACACCGCAAUCAUCGCUAGCUCGAGGCGAUUGGGGAUUGAAACGACCUUUACCGGCUAAGUCGACAUCGGAGAAAUCGUCGCGACCUGUCGUCAGAGUUCACGCUCUCGAUACCUAUGAACAUGUCACCGACUUCGAAUCCGCCGCAGAUCACACUGUGACCCUCGAGAAGUUCCAGGAGCUGCACAUGCCUAUGUCUCUCCCCUCCAAAGUCAAUUAUGCUACGAGUGUUGUGCCAAGGCAUCAAAGUCCGUUCGAAACACAUUUGGAUAACACCGAGACCAGCCAGGGUCUCCAGGAACCUGGUGCCAAACAAUUCAGACACUCUGGUCCCUGGCUUGCUGGGCAGACAGAGGCAGAGUUCGCUGCUUACUUGAAGCAAGUGACUCGCAAUAAGCCUGAGCUCCUGCAGAAGCUUCGUGAACAGUUUGUUGUUAAGCGGUCUGCUGAAAUCCGGAAACUGGCACAGGAUAAUGGAGAGGACUUGGAAGCCCAUCCCGCAACUGUCACCGAUGCCGAGUUCAAUGCCUACCUUAAAACCCUGCGGAACGACCCAUUCGCCCUUGGCCCAGUGGUAUUUGAGCUGCUCGACCUCGCCUCCUCCCCUGCCGUUCCCAGCGAGCGUAUCGGGCGCAAGUACUAUCAAUCCCCUUCAAGCAAGUUGUCCUCAUUCGAGUACGCCGUCUCAGGACCCCCGAAGACACACCCGUCUGGUGGUCUGUCCUAUACACGAUCACACGCUCUGAUUCACAACCAUGCUCAGUUUGGCCCACAAGCCCACCAGCGCCCCGUGGAGGCUCGCAUCUUGCGCCCCAAGGGCCGCUUUAAGGGACGCAUGGCACGUGCCCUUGCAGGUAUCGGUGGUAUUGCUGUCGAAGAUUUGAAUUCCAUGACCUUUGUAGAGCAGGGCACACCACCUGGUCUGACUUUCUUCGAUGCGUCCAUCCCCGGCGGAGGUAAAUACUGGGUCACUCCCAUCCGGGCUUCGGUUGACUCCGACGGCCGCAUUGGCCUUUCAUCUUAUCGCGCGAGUGCAACCGCUAAGGCUCCCUACGGAAUCGAAGACUAUAAGAAGCCGAAUACCUUGACAAUCUCCGAUGUUGCCACUGCGCCAUCCCCGCUGGUCCCUAGAUUGGACAGACAGCCAUUCGGCCAGCCUCGGUUCCAGCCUUCCACUGAGAACCGCACCCGGAGGCAACCUACGAGGGGAACGGAGGACGUCGCACGCAGCCUUCUCAAUAACCUCAACUCUAGGUCAUAG